UGGCCAUGAAUGCCCCAUGGUCAGACGUCUGAUAAAGACCGCUCGACAACGGUCAACGACGAUAAAAUUCAUUAUUGUCUACCUAAUAAAUAUAAUAUAAUAUUUCAUAAUUACAUUCUACUUUGACACUCUGUUUAUCACUGCAGCUGCCUUCGAUCUAGAACAGGAGAGUCUCUCAUUUUUAUAUUGCGAAGUUUUAACUAACGACAAUGAUCGUCGACGUGUUAUGACGGUAUCGAGUAGUUCAAUUGUUUUUCACACGUUGAGUGGUGACGAAUUCUUCCUCGCCCACCGUGAUAUGGACACCGACAGCGAGGAUUUGUUGUUCUGCAGAUUCUGUUUGCGUGUCACACAGUCAUCGUUCCCAAUUUUCAUGGAUUCCGACCCAGACUUGGCCAGAGACGUGAUGAGCUGUCUUCAAAUCAAGAUCACCAAGGAUUCUAUCGGCCCGAAACACAUAUGCAACGAGUGCUAUGACCGCGUACAAGAUUGGGUGAUGUUCAAAAAACAGAGCGAAGAGGCGUUAAAGGAAAUCGAUUCCAACUCUGAUUUUGUCGAGAGAGAGCCAGUGUCAACCACAAAUGAUAUAAUAGACCUCGUUGAUGAAGUGGAUUACCAUUGCUGUAUAUCUUGCGACAAUCUUUUUCCUAGUGAAUACGAGCUGUCAAUACAUGUCAGUGAAGUUCACCAAGAUAUUGUAGAUUCAAAUUUUAAACUUGAAAGAGAUGAAUCCAUGGACAUUCAGUCAACAUUUGUUGAUGAUGACUUUAUCCAGUGUGAUGAAUAUUUGGAGGUAUUCCACAACAAACCUCCAUCUCUAAAGAUGAACUAUGGUGAAUCUAAAAUUAAGCAAACCAUUGACGAUAUGGAUGAAAAAUUUCAAUGUUAUUAUUGUAGUGCACAAUUUGACGAAUUUAUACACUUAAAAGAGCAUUCAGUAGCCAGACACCGUGAUUUGAAUAAAAAAACCGAAUGUAACAAAUGCAACAAAAUAUUUCUAACUGUCUCUGACCUACAAGAGCAUGUAAAGCUAACACAUCCGACCAAAAAAGAUAAGGGAUUAUCAGAGACCCCAACUUUGAGGACAUCAAAGAGGUCACCUUACAUAUGCCACUUAUGCAAUAAGACUUUCUCGAGGUUCUGUGAUUUGUUAGACCAUGACGAAAUACAACACGAUGAUUUACCAAAAAAGUAUAGGUGUGGCGUGUGCAGCAAAAUGUUUCUGAUGGAAGACAGGGCAAAAGUACAUUUUAAUUUCUAUCAUACUAAAACGAAAGGUUCAGUGAAUUUCCAGUGCAGCUAUUGUGGGAUGGAACUGAAAAGUGCUUCAGCUGUAGCCAACCAUGAAAGAAUGCACAUCUCUCAAAAUUCUUCCAAAAUUAAAUAUAAUAUAAUUAGAGACUGACAAACACAUAUUAUUGUAAUUGUUGUUAUACUUAAUAUGAUACUUUAUUAUUAAUUUAAGUCUUUAUCCUUAAAUUAUCCUUGACUAUGAAGUGUCUGUUGAUUUUAUGAAUCUAAUUAUUAUAAACAAUAUGCAUCUGUUAUUUUCAAUACUUAAUGCAUUUUCACAAUGUUUUAAUCAUUAGUUAUGUGAAUUUUUAUUUUAUUCUAGCUGAACGUUUGGUUCAGAUCGAAUGCUUUUCUUUAUAUAUUUAGCAUGUUUUAAUGUGGUUUUUCAUUUAAUCAUAUUUAAGUAUUUAACAAAUACAUUAUUGAAAAAAAAUAUGUUUGAAUGUAAUAAUUGGAUUUUUAUAUAAAAAAAAAAUUGUAAAUAUAUUUGUUAUCAGUCAUCAAAACUGCUGAGAACAACUGUACUGGUCGUCAUCACUAAUAUUUUGUACUUGUGUUAAAAUAUAUUUAUUACAUUUUUAAAAAUAAAUAAUAUAUAAGACGAAAC